GAAGAGUAAUUUGAUGUCCCGCUUCCUUUCGGAUGUUAAAAGCCUGAAUUUGCCCAGCUCUUCUGUUAACAGCAAAAAAACUGUCGCUAUGGCGUCCGCUGCACCUAUUAAGAUUGGAAUAAUCGGGGGUUCAGGUCUUGAUGAUCCAGAUAUCUUGGAGGGAAGAACUGAGCGCUAUGUUGAAACACCAUAUGGGAAGCCAUCAGAUGCCCUGAUAUUGGGGAAAAUAAAAAAUGUGGACUGUGUUCUCCUAGCAAGGCAUGGGAGACAACACACCAUAAUGCCAUCUAAUGUGAACUACCGAGCCAACAUUUGGGCCCUGAGAGAAGAAGGCUGUACACAUCUGCUGGUUACCACUGCCUGUGGCUCUCUCCGGGAAGAGAUCCAGCCAGGAGAUAUCGUCAUCAUAGAUCAGUUCAUUGACAGGACAACCAAGAGGUCUCAAACACUCUAUGAUGGUCAGCCCACCAGUCCCCCAGGCGUUUGUCACGUCCCCAUGGCUGAGCCUUUCUGCAACAAAACUAGAGAGGUUUUGGUGGAGGUGGCGCGGAGUCUGGGGGUCAAAUGUCAUGUGCGAGGGACCAUGCUGACUAUCGAGGGGCCUCGGUUUUCUUCGCGGGCAGAGAGCCUGAUGUUCCGCCAGUGGGGUGCUGACGUCAUCAAUAUGACCACCGUGCCAGAGGUGGUCCUCGCCAAGGAGGCUGGCUUGUGCUAUGCCAGCAUUGCCAUGGCAACAGACUACGACUGUUGGAAGGAGCACGAGGAAGCAACUGUUCAUGAGCCAAGUGGUGCCCUGGUCCUGAUCUGGAAGAUCCCCCUAGUCACCAUCCAUUGUCCCAUUAGGAGCAUGGUCCAGCAUCGCUGGGUCUGUGUUGACAAUGUACUGAAGACAAUGAAGGAGAAUGCAAACAAGGCUAGCAGUAUCCUGUUAACAGCAAUACCCCAGAUUAGUCAGAUGGACUGGGCUCAGACAAUAAAUACAUUGAAAUCGAUGGCUCAGUCUUCUGUAAUGAUACCGAAGCACUAAACGCGGAGGAAACUACUAGAAAGGAUAAAGAGACCAGACAACCACCCACACGGAGUCAAACACCGACCGCAAACUCAACCCUGCCCGUCCAAUCGUCAUCAGUGAAUCACAACAAAGUGCCUCACAUGAAAUAAUCCACUUUUUUUUUUUUCUGUCUUUAUUUAGGUGGAUGUUCAGUGUUUUAUGUUGACUCUUCCCUCUGAUUCAGAGAUCACUCAUUUAUGUCUGGAGCAUGUUUUCCUCUCAUACAGUGUUAGGUGGGAGGGCCCUUCCACUCUAGCUGUAGUUGAGGAAAUGGAUGUUUGUUACAGUUACCACGUUUGAGUCUAAACAUUUAAUGAAAAAAUCUAAUAAAAGGUUUGAAGUAUUCAGUAUUUUGUGGAUUUAUAUUUGUGGUCGAAACACAUUUGUGUAUGUGUUUGCUGGUUGUAAGCCACUGGUGUCUUAGUUUCUGGUAAUACAAAGAUGAUUUUUAAAGCUUUGCAAGUUUAGCACAUAAAUACUAUAUUACUGCCUUAGUUGCAUUUAGGCUUCUACUCUUCAAGCUUGAAUCUAUUGUCCGCAUGAGAAUGACUGAACGUCUACAUGUUACUUCAUUCUGACCACUCUUGUGGUCUUUACAGUAUAAUUUCAUUUUUAUGUGCACUUCAUGACUGUGUGUUUAAUGACUAGAGAAACAUCUCAUUUUGAAUGGCAUGCUGCUCUGUACCUGCAAAUACUUAACCAAGUCAGUGAAAAGCUGUCAAAUCGGCAGUAAACGUGUACCGACGGUGAUAGUGGUGGGGAAACACCCAAAUUAUUUGCUAUACUGAAAGUUUGGUUUUUCCCCCAAGCAUGGAUUGAAAUGGGAAUUUUUGUAUGUGCUAGGAAUUUUGUCAUGUUGCAUCAUAUUGUAGUCAUUCGAGAUUUUUCUUGUUUACAUUUUCUUAACUUGAAUUUACUCUGUACAUUGCACAGCAUAUUUAGUAGCCUCUUCUUCAGCAGCCUGUUUUCUGUAGUAUGAAUAACUUGUCUCAAUAAAAGUUAGAUUUUGACUAAUCCGA